AUUUAUCUGCUCGUAAAAUUGAUGUGUGCAACUGCAUAAGAAGAGUUUAGCAGAAGUAAAAUAAAAAAAACAGAAAAAAUUACGUUUUUAUCCCUUCUCGGAUACUUUUACGCUUUAUUUAUAUCUAUAUAUCUGCUUAAAAAAGAGGAAAAAGGAAAUAUGUAGAAUUUGGGGAUUUCAAUACUUGAACAAGGAACAAAUGGCUAACGAACAAUUUACAGUAACAUACGUACCAGAAGAAGAGCGGAAAAAGAAGAAAUUUGGUAUUAAAUCAAAAAUUCUAGUUCUUACCGCUUUUGUCUUGGCCAUUUUUUUGGCAGUUAUACUCUACGUAACCCUAAGGAAAAGUACCAAGAAUAUCAGGAAUGAAUUUAAAGAUGUUCAUAUAAAAACUGGCUCUUUACGGGGAAAAUUAACAAAAUCCAACUUAGGAGGGAAUGUUAUUGAAUAUUUAGGCAUUCCGUACGCUAAACCACCAAUUGGAGAUUUAAGAUUUUCCGAUCCAGUUCCACCAGAGAAUUGGAACGGCGUACUAGAUGCUUUUGAGCAUGGCAACUCCUGCGUUUGUUACAUUGAUAAGACUUUCGGUUCUUUCGUUGGUUCUAACAUGUGGAAUCCAUCGAAUAGAAUGAACGAAGAUUGCUUAUAUUUAAACGUAUGGCAACCGGAAACUACCUCAAUCGAAAAUGCUAAAUUACCUGUUAUGGUAUGGAUAUAUGGAGGAGGAUAUUAUAGCGGUAGUUCGCAAUUGGAAGUUUAUGAUGGAAAAGUUUUAGCUGAUUCUCAAAAAGUUAUUGUUGUAUCAUUUAAUUAUCGACUCGGACCUUUUGGCUUUCUAACAACGGGUGACGAUCGAAUUAGUGGUAAUUUUGGCUUAAAGGAUCAGCAAUUAGCUCUAAAGUGGGUUCACGAAAACAUUGCAUCAUUUGGUGGUGAUCCUAACGAGGUAACGAUUUUUGGUGAGAGUGCUGGCAGCGUUUCAGUAGGUCUGCAUCUCUCAUUACCUGGUUCGGCGAAAUAUUUCAAAAGGGCUAUUAUGCAAAGUGGUGCGCCCAACUGCUAUUGGGCGAUUUUAACUAAAGAGCAGGCGAUUGCAAAAACAGAGAAAUUUCUCAAGAUUAUCGGUUGUAAGAAUGACGCUCAUUUAAAAGUUUGUCUUCGUUUCAAAGACGCCGAUUUCCUAAACGAUAAGAUGUGGAUGGAAAUGAAAUUUUUCUAUAUUCCAUUCGCUCCGUAUCUUGAUGGAAAAUUCAUAAAAAGGGACGGUUACGAUACUCUAGUGAAUGGACUUUACCAGAAUAAAAGCCUUAUUGUAGGCACAAAUAUAAACGAAGGAACUUUUUGGAUAGUUUAUACACUUUUAGGCUUUUUUAAGUACAAUUCAAGCGAAAUCGAUUACGAAACUUAUAAGAAAAACGUUAAGCUUGCACUAUGGGAUUUACAUGGAGGUGAGAGGUUUUUGUUUAUUUUUGAUCCCAAAUUAAGGAAAUCUGCUUUUUAGGCCAAAUUUUAGAAUUUGUUUCUAAAUAAUGUUGUCUUCUUUCUGGCAAUAAAAUUUUAGAAAGAAUUCACAAACAUUGCUUAAGCUGUGUAAACAGCUUACAGGUGUUGGUUAAAGCGCCAUCUGUUGAUUUUUUCUAAUUUUCUUCUCUUUUAGAUAUUGUAUAUAUAUGUAUAUGUUUUUCUAAAUACAUAUAGAUACCUGGAAAGAGGCCGAACGAUUUUACAGACCUAAAAAUAUCUCAGAUAAAGCUGCUAAUAGAGAUGCCAUUGACGAUUUAACAGGAGAUCGACUGUUUAAAUGCGGACCCAAAUUUUGGGCUAAUAAAUACGCUCAGGCUGGAAAUGACGUCUACUUUUAUGAAAUGCAUUAUAGAGUGUCAAACGAAGCCUGGCCUCCUUGGAUGGGCGUUAUACACGGUGCAGAAAUUCAAUUUAUAUUUGGUUGGCCAUUUAAUCGCUCGAAAAACUUUAACGACGAUGAUAGGAAAUUUUCAGAACAUAUCAUGAAUUAUUGGGGAAAUUUUGCAAAAACUGGAAAUCCUAAUCGUUUCCCCCCUUUAACACACUGGGAAAAAGUUCACGCGCACGGAUCCGUUCACUAUAUGAAAUUAAUUGGCCCAAAUAAUUACGAUAUGAGUUGGAACGAUUUUAAAACAGAACCCUGUCAAUUAUGGAAUAAACUGUCAAAGAAGAAAAGUAAUCUUGUUUGAAAAAUUUUACUAUUUUCUCUUUUGUUUAUUUGUUUUGGUCUGCAAAAAUGUGCCAUUUUUGAUUGUUACAAAACUCUGUUUGCUAAUCGUUCUUGCCGUAGAAAAGAAGGAAAAAAAAUCCCAAUAUAAUAAUAGAUACAUUAAGAAAAAGCUACAAUAUCUUAUUGAAAGUGGUUCAUUUCUUCUUUUUGUAAUUUUUUCCUUCUUUUAACAUAAUAAAAAAGAAGAUAAAAGAAACUUGUAUUAAAGUUUUAGAAAACUUCUUUCUUUUUUUUUAAAUAAAUGAAUAAACAGUGGUAUAAGAAGUAAGAUCGACUAAGGAGAGAGAGAGAGAGAGAGAGAGAGAGAGAGAGAGCGUGUGUACGUGUGUGUCUGUUUUCAAAAAGAAAGAAAAGAACAAAAAAAAACACUUUAAACAACCAGUUUUAAAAGACAAAAUGUCGAAUAAGGGAAGAAGAGAGAUUUAGAAAGAUACAAAUAAAUAAUUUUUAAAAGAGAAAAAUUUGGCAGCUGUUCGAAAUAAAUAUUAAGAAGAUCACAACAUUUUGACACUGUGUAUAUUUAUGUUGUUCUAUCCCUCGUUAUUGGGCUAUUCACCUGUUUUUUUCAAUUGAAUUAUCAUAUCCCUUGUUGAA